CGCCGAGAGCGCGAGACGCGUGCACGGGACUCGAGGAUGCAGACUCGGCACUGAGGCUCGCGCGCGUCAAAUCCGCUCCACGUCCUCGCUGCGAAUCAUUCCCUGGCCCUCCCCCCCCAGCAUCAAGCGGCAGCAGCAGCGGCAGCGGUGGUCCAUCGACAUCACCCGCGGUGAACGUGGACAGUGGCGUGGGGCGGUGGAGCCUGCCGGCGAGAUCGACUCGGGGAGUGCCACGGCCGCGCCUUUGUUGUUGUUGUUAUUAUUGCCGUCGCGUGAAGAAAGGGAGCAGCGGUGAGAGCGAGCGAGAGAGAGAAGAGAGAGAGAGGGAGCGAGAGCGGAGGAGGAGAGGACCUAUUCCCCUUUCAGCAGCCCGCGAGCACUCGAUCCGCAGUUUUCUGCACCACCAGCCGAAGGGGCCAUGUUGCCAGGGCGACGCCGCUCGUUGCUGGCGGGGGCGGCCCUCCUCGCGACCCUCUGGGUGACGUCAGGCUCCAUCGACAUCCCCAUAGACCCCACACUUCUGGAGAAUGUGGAGCAGCCGCCUGCGAUCACGAAGCAGUCCCCCACUGACCACUACGUCGACCCGUUAGAGGACAUUUUAGUGAAAUGUGAGGCCAAAGGGACCCCUGCCCCGAGUUAUCGUUGGACGAAGAAUGGCAAGUCGUUCGACCCGAGAGGCGAGGUGGGCGUGGUGACGGCCGAGAGCUCGGGCUCGUUCACCUUCGUCAAGAACAGCACCGGCCACGCCAAGCGGCACGAGGGCGACUACCAGUGCCUGGUCUCCAACAAGCUGGGCACCGCUGUCUCCGACAAAAUCAAACUGCGCAUUGCAAGUACCCCCAAGUGGCCCAAGGAAGUGCUGGACCCCAUGGAGGUUGACGAGGGCAACUCGGUGGUUCUGCCCUGCAAGCCUCCCCAGGGCGUUCCUCCCCCCAAAAUCUUGUGGAUGACGAGCACGCUGGACCACAUUGGGCAGGACAAGCGAGUGUCGCAGGGCCUCAGCGGUGACCUCUACUUCUCCAACGUCAAGCCGGUGGACAGCCGAGACGACUACAUCUGCUACGCGCAGUUUGUGGCCUCCCGUACCAUCAUCUCGAAGGAGCCCAUCAAGCUGAAAGUCCGCUCACCUAUUUCAUUUGUUGCAGUGGAAACACUUGAUGACGCACAGUCAUCGAGUGUGAACGAAACCCAAUUAGCUGUUGCCGGGGGUCUCCGCAACCGCCUGCCGAGCCUGCUCACGCCCCAUGGCAAAACCACAAGGAUGCACAGCCUGAAAGGAAGUACGCUCGUGAUGGAGUGCAUCGCCGAGGGCCUGCCGACGCCGGACGUGCGCUGGGAGAGGGUGAACGGUCACAUGCCUCGUGGCCGCUUCUCGACGGGAAACCACAACAAGACGCUGCGACUCCACCCGGUGGAGGUGGAAGACAGCGGGCAGUACAAGUGCAUCGCCAGCAACAACAUGGGCUCAGCGCACCACUCCUUCGUCGUCACAGUGGACGCGGCCCCGUACUGGACGGCCAGGCCGGAGGACCGCAUCGUGGCGCCGGGCGACGACGCGGUGCUGCACUGCGUCGCUGGCGGCAAGCCUCCGCCGGACACUCACUGGCUUCUCAACGGCAAACCCCUGAACGAGGCACCGGCCGAGCCGCACCGCACCGUGAAGGGUGACCGCAUCGUGCUCAAGAAGCUCGUCAUCGGACAGAGCGCCGUCUACCAGUGCGUCGCAUCCAACAUCUUCGGCACCAUCAUUGCCAACGCGCUCGUCAGUGUGCUUGCUGUGCCUCCCAAGUUUAUUACGAAGGAUAAGGAGGAGUACGUUGUCGUAGAGAAACAGCCUGUGCUUCUCGAUUGCAAAGUCUUCGGUUCUCCAAAACCCGCCAUCCGAUGGACCAAAGAUGGUGAGGUUAACACUCUGCAGGACAAGAAAUUCAAGGAGUUUGAGAACGGCUCCCUGUACAUACACGAGGCGAAGAAGGCAGACCAGGGCCUCUACAUGUGUGAGGCCACAAACGACCUGGACACCGGCACCAUCAAUGCGAAACUCCGAGUCAGAGACGCCACCCACAUCGAGCCGUUUGAGCAUCUGCGCGUGCGCAAGGAUGGCACGGUGGAGCUCGAGUGCCGGGUGACGCACGACCCCGACCUGGAGCUCAACAUCUACUGGGAGAAGGACGGCAUGGAGCUCAGCGGCACCAACUGGUUCAUGACGGACAAGAACACGCUGACGAUCAACAACGUGAGCGAGGUGGACCAGGGCACCUACAUUUGCGUUGCCCACACGUUCCUGGACCUCGCGCGGGCAGAGGCCGAGCUCACCAGUCAUCGGUACGCGGGCCAGGAGGGCCAUCGCGCUUUGCCUCCCCCUACGAGAGAGGGCCCACUGAGUGCCGACAAGCCAGACCCCCCACACAACCUGAAGCUCUCCCACCAUGAGGAGAGAGGCGUCCGAUUGAGCUGGACUCCAGGGAACCACUAUAACAGCCCCAUUUCAGAGUAUGUCGUGGAGUACGAGGAGGACCGCUACAAACCAGGUGAAUGGCAGCACCUGGCGAAUAUCAAGGGCUCCGAAACAUCAGCAGAGCUCAUGCUGCGCCCCUACGUCAACUACCAGUUCCAAGUGAUCGCCUACAACGAGGUGGGGCCCAGCAGGGCCAGCCUCUCGUCCCAGCGCUUCUCCACGCCGCCGGCCGUGCCUGACAUAGCACCCGUCGGAGUAACGGGGGAAGGAUCUGAACCGGACAACAUGGCCAUUGCUUGGGAGCCUCUCAAGCACCUGGAUCGGAAUGGUCCCAACCUGCGCUACAAGGUGAACUGGCGCCGCAAGGGCACGGGCGAGCCUUGGGAGGAGGCGAUGCUUGGCGCCGACGCGUCGCGGCUGCUCGUGAACGACACGGCGACAUUCGUGCCGUACGAAGUGAAGGUGCAGGCCAUCAACGACCUCGGGGAGGGACCCGAGCCGAUGCCCAUCGUCGGCCACUCCGGAGAGGAUUUUCCAAAGAGUGCCCCAAAGAAUGUGAAGUUUGCGGUGGUGAACAGCACUGUCCUGAAGCUCACUUGGGACCCCAUUCCUGUCCAUGAUGUGCGGGGCCACCUCAAGGGCUACAAGGUUUUCUACCGCAAGCUGAGGGGCCUGCAGGAGAGGAGGCGGCGCCACGUGGAGUGGAGGGUGCUCGUGUUCCAGGGCGACCGGAGCCACGCGGUGGUGCCGGGGCUCGAGCCGUUCAGCCUCUACGAGCUGGAGGUGAAGGCCUUCAACGGCAAGGGGGAUGGCCCCGCCAGCCACGCUCUGCGCGUCGAGAUGCCCGAAGGAGUGCCGGGCCAGGUGACUAACCUAAGAGUUCCAGAAAAGGACUUUGAUUCCAUAACGCUGGCAUGGGACCCUCCAGCACAUCCCAAUGGAAUCCUGACAGGAUACAUCGUCCAAUAUCAGAACAUCAACAACACGCAGAACCUGGGCACCUUACAGAGGGAAGAGCUUUUUGCCAACGUCUCCGAGCUGCGGGUGGAUUCCCUCGACUCCUACACCAAGUACAAGUUCUACAUCGCCGCCUUCACCAGCGUCGGCACCGGGAAAAUACUCACCGAGGAGGCCGUGACCAUUCUGGAAAUCCCGCCAGCCGCGCCGGUACUGCUGAGUAUGAACACGACGCGUGGCGACACGUACGCGAACAUCUCGUGGGUGCCAGGAGUGGGCCAGUCCGCGUCCGAAUACCUCAUCCAGUUCCGAGACAAACAUGGCCCUGGCGGGUGGCGCAACCACUCGGUGGUGAGUUCGUCCAGGAAUCACCUGCUGCUGGACGGGCUGUCCCCGGGCAGCCAGUACCAGAUCCGCCUGGUGGCCUUCAACGAGCACGGGCACACCAUCAGCUCCGAGGACGUCAUUGAGACCACCGGCAGAGGAUACCGGCGAGGGCCUCUCGAUGUGGCCACGCAGGCCUGGUUCAUUGCACUCAUGUGUGCCGUGGUCCUGCUCAUCAUGAUCCUCCUGAUCAUCUGCUUCAUCAAAAGGAACAAGGGUGGCAAGUACUCCGUGAAAGAUAAGGAGGAUGCCCGGGUUGAUCCCGAAGCUAAACCAAUUAAGGAGGAGACGUUUGGUGAAUACAGCGACAACGACGAGAAGCCGCUGGCGGGCAGCCAGCCGUCGCUGGACGGGGAGGUGAAGCGCGGCGAGAGCGAGGACAGCCUGGCGGAGUACGGGGACGGCGUCGAGGGCCAGUUUAACGAGGACGGCUCCUUCAUCGGCCAGUACGGGGGCAGCAAGGAGAAGGUGACCGGAUCCGAGGCCACGUCUCCCGUGACGGACGGCACCACGGUCGCCUGAGGAGCCGCCGCUCGCAAUCGAUCGGCAACGCAACGGGGCGGGAGGGGGUGGGGGUAAGGGACGAGGGGAUCAUGGGAGGGGGGCGGGGGGGAGGGGGGCACUGGCUGGGCAGGAGACUAAUUAAAAUUAAUAAAAUUGGAUAGACGAGUAGUAGCUAAUUCCCCCAACGCGAGGAAUAUUUGCUGCGCGUGCGAGUGUGCGCGUGCGCUGAUCGCGGGGAGUGAUAUUUUCUUUUCUCCGUGGGUGUCGCUUGAGGUCAGUUCAUCCGGUAUUCAGAGGACGUUCUCAUCUCCACAGCCACCGCAUCUUACACCCUCUGCUGACACGGCAUCCGUCAAAUGCAAGAGCUUCUCGUUUUGGGCGUUUUACACAUUUGAAUAUCAGACGUUCCUAGGCCUGGGGCAUAGAGCUCCAGUUGUUUUUCAUAGCAUCCCCCCUUGAGCACUACACGAAUUUAAAAUACAUUUUUAUCAUUUAACGUCCAUGUAUGAUGAAUGGGAACAUUUGUUCCCAUUUUAAUACUAUUCAUAUUAUUAAAUAUCCCCCCCCCCCACUCCCCUGCUUUCUCAAAACCGUGUUUCCAUUAUAGCUGAAGAAAGAAAAAUGUGUUACAUUAAAGGCCUCUUUCGAUUGGCUCUGCGGCUAUCGUUCUGACAAAGGUGAAGCUUUACUUGAGUGCAUCGGCUGCUAGAGCAGGGGCAGGGAAGCGAUGGUGACCUUUGCCAUGUUGCUAAAAGGCACAUCGCUAUAUAUUUUAUAUCACGCCGAGUCUGUUAUUCACCGUAAUGGGCCACACCUCCCCAGUAUAUCAUCGUCAACUCGAGAGGCGGGAACGGCAAACCGUGGAGUCCUGCUUGUGGUAGCAACAACCCGCUAUUGUAAUGGGCCACAAUCACAAUUUGCGGUUUUUAAGUUUGAUUCAAGACUACUUAGUUUUGUUUAAUCUCGUGUUUACCAUUUACUUGGUUGUAUAUCUAAUUUUUUCCAUUCAUUAACCUAAAUGUGCGUGCGUAAAUGGUAACUUUCCUUGCCCACGAUUCAACGGUGUAGGUGCCAGUGAGUGUAACAAUCGAUUUUAAUUAACGAAUCCGUGCAUUGUUACAGACAUAACGAUUAUGACACAAUAAUCAGCCACGUGCGCAUGUUACUUUCUUCAUCCAUGGUAAUUAACAUAUCUUUCUGGUUAAUUUUACACCAACUAAUUGAAGAAAAUAUACAAGAAAUGUUUGCACCGUGCCAAAAACAUUUCCCCCACACUUCAGGCUGUGAGUUAACUGGAGCUGAUUUGGCUGACAGAUAAUGGUGUGUCGUCAAAUUAAAGAUCAUGGUUUCUCAUGAAAUAGAAUGCCGAAGCACCCACUGUGUUUGUCCGGUGCCUGUACCGGUUACCUCCACACAGUGGUGAAGCUGUCAGUACCACAGUGAAUAAAGCAUGAGCCUUUAGGAUCGUGACCCAUGGCGCUCAGUUGUUGUUGGCAGGGGCAAACACACCAGGUCAUGAUGCACUAGGGCCAGGGCUUAAUCUCACGUGGAAUAUUUUUCAGGGUCUCCCCCCAUUGCCUUAGAUCCUACCCCCUCCCCUCCCCACACUGUCAAGAGUGUGGGUAGGUGGGGGGGGCAGAAGGAGGGGGCGGAAAUCUUUUCUGGUUCUCAGCCUCAGCUCCCGGACAUCUGCGGCUGAUACUAAUCCCUGACCAGAGCAAUCUCAAUUCAGUCAUCUCCGGCAAUCAUCCUGGUUUUCUUUUUGCGGAAAAAUGUUGUACAAAUCUGAAUUUCCGCUGUCUGCCUAGUCGGUGACUGCGAAGCCAGCUACCAAUCAGAUCACAGACAUACGUCAUGUGACUACCAAUUAUUGUUAAUUUAAUACAAUUUUCAGUGAUGUUUUUUUCAUGGCCAGACAGAAUUCACCCUGUGCCACUGCCAUAUCAAGAUGCCAUAGUUGCUCAUGAUAAAUACAUAGCACAUUAAAAUAGCCUGUGACGAUUGCCCUAAAAUGUCCCGAACACAUCAUGGCCUCUAUCAAUGUGUCAGUGAUCAAAGGCUUGGACUAAAUACCACCAAGUAUGGGACAGGGCUGCUUUCUGUAAAAGCAAAGACAGAUGAUCUGAUAUGGAUAUUCUAGACACCAGCUUCGUUUGUUACGAAACAUUCCACACAAUAGCUGUCUGUUUUGUAGCCACAGCAAUGAAUAUACUGUCAUCUGACAGUAUAUUUGCUUGUACAGGUUUGUGUACAAAUACUGUAGACGUCUUUGUUGACUUUGCAGUUCCAUUUUACUGUUGCGCAUUGACCAAAAACAACAGCGUUUUUAAAACGGUAGUACUGAUGUACUUUUUAAUUGAUGUCCUUUUUAACAAUGAUGUUGGAUUGACCAAGGCUGAUGAAGAUUUCACACAUUCUAAUAAUACAUUCUCAUAAUAAUAGCUUGAAUAAUUCUGAAUAAAAGUUCAUGAUUCCAUAAUUAAAUUCCAACGUGUUUUUGACACCCUUGCAAAUUUCUGUUUUGGGAAAGAUGACUAUAUUAGUGCCAGCGUGAAAAGCAUGCUUUGGAUUUUGCCCUCUUUGAUAUACUUCAGAAAAAGCUUAGAACAAAAAAUUACGUGAAAUAAAUUGGCACUGUUUUUUAUAAUCUGAAAAAGGACUAAUUAAAUAUAUGAAAACCUGCCUAAGCUCUGUGAAAAUAAAGUGGCUUAUCAUGGUUACAAAAAAAUCUUAUUCAUGGGUAAGGUUUAAACAUUUCUGAAAAUAAUUACCACAUUUUGUAACAUUUCUGCAGCAACUUAAAAAAACUAAAGCGGCACCAUUUGUCAACUUUAUAAUUGUUGAAAUCUACUUCAUAAAAAAACUACUCGGUUUUUUAUGAGAGAUGCACAUUUACUGGCCAAAUCUAUCUUUAAUAUACAAAGUCAUUUCCCAUAACUUCAGAAUUUAAACGACUUACACUGCUACCCAACCUCACGUGCAUGAGAGCAUCGCGCUUCAGAAGCCAAAAAGAAUAAUGAGUCAUGCGAUAUAUUGUCCGUUUAAUUUUUUGCAUCACAGUGCCACCCUCUGAAUUGCUAACAGCUGAGGCAAAACAAACUUUCUACAGGUUAAAUAUGUAAAGAGGUUUUUUUUCUCCUUCGAUAAAAAUAUUCAUAUUUGGCCAAUUGUGAGGUAGCUGAUCGAGGAAUGGUGGUCGUGCUGCUCGGAGUGAAGCCACAAUUACACGGAGCUGCCGCUGCAGCCGCCGCCGCCCGUAUUCUGAAGCUGUAUUCCAUCGGCAACUCCAAACGUCGCUCGAUUGCGGUGAUGAAUUAGCGCUUGGCUUUUUCCAGAUCGUGCUAUUUGCUCAUUUCAUGCUUGCGGCGCGAUAAUUUUCUGCUUGCGGUAAAUUCUCGCGGUUGACGUUUCUGUUGCGCUUUGUUUUUUUGGGUCUCAUUUCCCAAAAAGUAGAAAUGCUUCCUGUGUGACUGCAAACAAAGCACAAAGGGGAUGUGAAAGGACCAGGCGUUCCGUUUGUCUUGUACUCACUCGGUAGCAUUUUGAUAUUUUUCAAGUUUCAUUGUAACAUAGCUUGAUUGCCGCCCCGCGAAUACGCGUGUGUACUAUAUGCCCGGGUUGAGUCACGGAAAUUGUUUGUAUAAUGAUCUGUAUCAAAAGCAUGCAAGUUUCUUGCGUAUGCAGGUAUGAAGCCAGUAGUGCCGCGAGAGGCAGGGAUCACCACUGCAUUCACGUGCAGCUUACAUCGACAAGGACGUGUGUGCACUCUCUUGGGUAAUGAAUACAUACAGAGAUGGCUAUUGGUUACGCCAGACCUGAGUUGGGCAACUCUCAAAAUGCCUUGGUAAAGGUGCAGCACUGUAAUGACUUGCUUGUGCCAUUAUAUCUUGGCAGAACAAUUCUAAGUAGUUGAUUUGUCCAAGAAAUUCCAAAUUGUUAGAAAAAUAAACUGCAUACAAUAAUUGUAGUAUCACCGUUUGGUUAAAUUAUGAUGUCUGGUUGAGCAUACAUUGAAAGUCUAUUUGUGUGUAUCUAUAUUCUAAAUUUAUGUAUGGACCUAGCCGGCCAUAUCAUUCUCCAGUUAUAUAUUUCUGGAGAUGUGUAUACAUGGCCCAUAUUAAAACAUGGCCCAUAUUGAUAUGCGUGUGUGUAUAUGUAUAUAUGCACACAUACAUACAUGAACAAUACUACUAAUUAUGGAGAUCGGUGUGAAGCAAUGCACGUGUAUGCAGUGUGUGAAUCAAUACCAUGUUUUUUGUUUAUAGUCAUCAGGUUCUUUUUAUAGUUAUGUUGGCAAAAACUAAAGGAUUCAUGUUAGUGAUAUGUGGUACAACAACGAUUUCAGUGCCAUGCCUACACUUAAAUAGGGUACGUAAAACCACUAUUAAUGAACUCGGUACACAUUCGUUCGAAAUGAAGUAAGAUUUUGAAAAAGAGCUGUAACAAUAACAGCGACAACUUAGUUUAAGCUGUUGUCCCACUCUGAUUUAGUUUGUGCAGGACAUGUCUGUGCUCUGCAACAAAAUCACUGCUGCAUUUAAAAGCAGAUACUGUCUGGUCGACUUUGUUAAUUUGUUGAAAUAUUCUCGGUUGUUGGUGUAUGCAACGUCGCGCAAAUUAUUACACGUUUCUUUAUUUUUUACAAUUAUCAUUUGUGAAGUAGAACCCGUCAUUAUCAUAUUGUAAUGUAUAAUUUAAUUUUUGUUGUCUUGCUUGGAUUGUAAAGUUACAUAGUUUAUUCCUAAAUUUAUUUUGUAUAUUUUAUUUUUUAUUGAUGCCAAAGUAUUUGACAAAUUGUUUCGUGAAGAACUGACUUUAUUGUAAAGAAAUGUUGCCGUUGUUGUUUUCCCUCUUGUUCUUUUUUUAAUCGACAUUUUUAAAAUAUAUAUUAUUUUUCUGCGAUUAUGACGUUUUACUAACACUCGCCAGAAUUCCCAUCAAUGCCGGCAGAUUGCCAAGUUUGCGUGUACAUACAGUACUGUACGAUGUAACUGAAUACGGUUGACAAGUGGACUGUUGUGUGAAGUAGUUCAUUAAUAAGCAUCGAUGUUUCAUAAGCUUAAACAUUAGGUACGUGAUGUGGGGUAACAUUGCCUUAAUUAGCCUGAGCAUUUUAUUGGGGUUAGUUGUUUGUGUACUAGCUACAUUUUUUUUCGUGCAAAAUGUUGGAUUUGAAAAAAAAAAAUGGCUUGUAACUUUGUCCCAUGCACAGUUUAUAAAUAAAUAUUCAAAUAAAAAUAA